GAAAAAGUGGAAAUUGGGGAAUGAGAGGGAGAGGGAGAGGGAGAGGGAGAGGGAGAGGUGAAAAUGAGAGAAACCAAAGUAAACUCAGUGUUUUAUGCAAAAUCAUACCAUCCAAUACAAGCUGGUAGUAUUGACGGCACCGAUAUUCUCCCCCACGACAACGCCAUUUACCGUGCUUUCCUCUGUUUUUCAGCUGGACUCUAUGACCCACUUGGCGAUCCCAAAGUCAUCGGCGACCCUUUUUGCACUCUUUUCGUUGGCCGCUUGUCUCAUUCCACCACUGAAAACACUCUUCUCAAGGCUAUGAGCAAGUAUGGUAAAGUUAGGAACUUGCGUUUGGUCAGGGACAUUGUAACUGGCGCUUCCCGUGGCUAUGCUUUUGUUGAAUAUGGAACUGAAAGAGAGAUGCGCCGGGCUUACAUGGAUGCUCAUCAUUCCUUCAUUGAUGACUCUGAAAUAAUAGUUGAUUAUAACAGGCAGCAGUUGAUGCCUGGAUGGAUCCCGAGAAGGUUAGGAGGAGGGCUUGGUGGAAGGAAGGAGUCCGGACAGCUUAGGUUUGGUGGGCGAGAACGACCAUUUCGAGCUCCUCUGCAAUCAGUUCCAUUUGAUGAAUUGAAGAGGCUUGGCAUUUCUCCUCCACCAGAAGGAAGAUACAUGUCACGCUUUGGGGUCCCAUCACCCCCUAGAAGAAAUCAGAGUUCAAUAGACCGGGAAGAAGGUAGCUCGCACAGGAGGAGCUCUAUUGAUAAGGAAGAAAGUAGACACAGAAGCAGAUCUGCAGAGAGGGAAGAACGCUACAGAAACAGGAGUCCUAGGCUCAAGGAAGAACACAGCCAUAGGAGCAGCUCUGUGGAGAGGGAAGAACGCCACAGCAAAAGGAGCUCUAGGGGCAAGGAAGAACACUCUGGCAAAUGGCACUCUGAAGAGAAGGAAGGACGUCACCGCAAAGGGAAUUCUGUUGAUAGAUCAGGGCGCUCCCGUGAAAACUUACUAGAAAGGGAGGAUCACCAUUAUGCAAAGGGCUCUUUGGACAGGGAAAAGCACAAAGAGAAAAGGAACCUUGGAGACAUGGAAGAGACCCCUCAGGAGUUGUUCUCAGAAGUGGAAGAGUACUCUAAUAGAAGUUCUAGGGAUAGAAAAGAAGCCUCUCACAAGGGUCACAAGCAUGAUAGUAGGUCCGACAGACACAAAAGGAGGAGGUCCACGACCCAGGAUUCCUCUUUCGAUCGGUGAUUAUCGGCAAGUUUCUAUGAACUGCUUUUGAUCUGCAUUUGAUCGAUGAUAGUAGGUCUGCAGCUGUAAAAAUUUAUGUUUUAUCCUGGCUAGGUACUCGACGACUCUUAGACAUAAUCAAGGCCAUCUCUUGCAGUUGGGCAGCAGUGAAAGAUUAAUCUUUAAACUGGCUCAAGUAAUAUGUGAGAAUUCGUAUACAUAGAUAUGGCCUGUUUACAAUAUGAUUUUUUUUUCUUAAA